CCUCCGCUGCCUUCCUGUGCACCAAUAACCCCCCAAAAGUUGUGAUGCUUUUCUUUACCCAGUGCUUUGGGGCUGUGUUGGAUCUCAUUCACCUCCGGUUUCAGCACUACAAGGCUAAACGGGUUUUCUCUGCUGCUGGGCAACUUGUCUGUGUGGUCAACCCCACGCACAACCUAAAGUAUGUGUCCAGUAGACGGGCCAUCACUCAGAACUCCACAGAGCAAGGGAGCUUCCACCCGCAUCAUCUUCACCACCACCAUCGCCACCACUGUCACCACAGCCACCUGUGCCACCAUGCCCGUCCCGGCCACCUCCACCACCAGGAGGCAGGGAUGCACAGCGCUCAGGUGACACCCUGCCUGUGCCCACUCUUCUCCUGCCAGUGGGAAGGCCACCUAGAGGUGGUGGUGCCUCACCUGCGGCAGAUCCACAGGAUCGACAUUCUGCAAGGAGCAGAGAUAGUCUUCCUGGCCACGGACAUGCACCUCCCAGCGCCAGCCGACUGGAUCAUCAUGCACUCCUGCCUGGGCCACCACUUCCUGCUGGUGCUCAGGAAGCAGGAACGACACGAAGGGCACCCUCAGUUCUUUGCUACCAUGAUGCUCAUUGGGACCCCCACCCAGGCCGACUGCUUCACUUAUCGCCUGGAGCUCAACAGAAACCACAGGCGUCUCAAAUGGGAGGCCACCCCGAGAUCCGUCCUGGAGUGUGUGGACUCAGUCAUCACUGAUGGGGACUGCCUGGUUCUCAACACCUCACUGGCCCAGCUCUUCUCUGACAACGGCAGCCUCGCCAUUGGCAUCGCCAUCACUGCUACGGAGGUCGGCGCCAGGGAUGCCGAGAUGUGA